AAUAUUUUUAUUUGAAAUAUCACAUUAUCUUAUCUUAAAACAGAAGAUAUCGUCGCGGAUUACGAUUCUUUAAGAUGUCUGUAAUUGUUUCAUUUCGAUGUACGUUUAGUGAUUUUUUCUAAUCUCAUAUCUGAUUUUAUCUUAAUCUUGUAGGAAAUUAAAAACAAUUGAUGCAACUGCGAUAUAAAUUAAUGAUAAAAUUAAUUUAUCUCAAUCAUCAUGCAAAACUGAUCAAAGUACAAUUCAGUAACUGUAGAAAAUAAUGAGAACUCGAAUGCAUUCUUGCGGCGACAUAUCUGCUACAAAAUUAUCUUAAAUGAAACAAAUGAAAAUUGUAUCUUUAACAUAUCUCGAUGCACAAAAACUGCAGUUAUUAUCGCAAAAAACUUAGUACAAACAGAUUUAUCCCCGACUGCUAAUAUUUACUUGUUAAAAUAUGCCAAUGAUGUACAUAACAUUCGAUUUUUGUAUCUAUCGCUUUGCAUCGUGACAUUUUACGGAAUUUCUUCUGGGAUAUCGCGUUUGCAAGUCCUCGUAUUCAAUUGUAACAUGUCCGGCAGUGCGAAAUAACUAAUUAUAUUUAUACACAUGUAUACAUAUAUGUAUACAUUGCGUAUGCAUAGAUAGUGAACUGUUGAUAUAGUUCUUACGAUCCAACAUUUUAUGUCUUACUUCACAUAUAAAUGUGGGGACACACAAUUUUUGCGUGUAUGUAAUAUGUGUAUAUAGUGCCUUUAAAAACGCCAUUUUUAAAUAAAGCGAAUGUGUCGCUACAUAAAUUAUUUCUAGUUUUUUAUACAUUCCACUAUUGUCGUAUCCAUUCUUGCGUAUUCCGUUUUGUAUUUUAUAUUAUCCAAUCUUAAAUAUCCAAAUUUAUCUUGUGUUAAAAUUAAUCUUACACUCUGUACUUGUUUUGUCACUAUAUAGCUACAUUGUAGAUAUUCCUCGGAUUAUUCAAAAGCUUGGAAAACUCAAAAAUUUAAUUUAUUUAGUGUUAAAUUGAAUUGACUAUUUGUUAUGUAAAAUUUAAUUUAUUUAGAACUUUUAGUGAACACUAUAUCUUAACGUAUUUUUUUUAUGAGAAAUCAUCCUUUUGAUAAAUUUUUAAAAAGUGCAGAAAUUAAAUUUAUAUGCGUCUUUUCAAGAUUACACGUGUUCUCUUAAAAAUUGAAAGAAUCUGCAUUCUUGCUAUCUGACAGACUCCGAAAUCAAUUUAUUACGCUUGAGACAAAAUGCGAGAAAUCUUAUGUAUCGAGGAUUACAAUUGCAAUCUGCUUCAAUUUCUGUGAAAUUGCGAAAACUGUAAUUGCGAAAACGUACGUCAUUGCGAUGACAAUGCACGCGUGCGAACGAAUAUUUACAUAUCUAUAAACCCGACAAUUUAAAUAUAGUAAAAUGCCUUUUGUAUCAGUCGUUACUGCGAAAAAAGCGAUAAAAAACGGUCGUUUCCAUAAAAGAGGAGGAAAGAGAAGGAUUUCUCAGUCUCCGUGUUAUCGGUAGCGAACAUCGACAUGUUAUUCAGCGUUUACAAAAUAUGAUAAUGAUCGUCUCUCACCUAUGUCCACCGCAUUAAAAUAGAGAUACUUUAUUCAAGAACAAGCACGUUUAGAAUCCAAUUUUCUCUUGAGAAACCACUAAAGAGAGAGACUCGUCAUUCGUCGUUGAAAGUUUGUUCCAGUCAUCAGAGACAGAGACGGUUCUCUUCUUUCGUUUCCUGUUCGCUGUAAAAAGUAUCUUUAACAGUGUGGGUCAACGUCGAUCCGAAGCGAGGCUGCUCCCUCGGCGCGAUUCUGCUGCGGAUCGUAGCUCGCGCCUCUUCCACGACGGGAGCUCGGACUGUGUGCCUGAGGAGAGGUCAUUCCACGUCGGACCUUCCGUCGCGCGGUAUGUACAUGUCGAGGAGUGCCCGCGGUGCUAGAUCCGAGUCAUCCGAAAUCCCGACGACGGUGGACGCGUGAAUUAUGAUAGGUGCGUGAAAACGUGCGGUGAUCGCGUAAGGAAAAAAAAAAAAACAAAAAUCCGCGCCGAUAAAUGAGCGUGUCCCCGAGGCUGCUGCUGACGAGCACCACUUCUCUGCUGAACGUAGCAUGUAACGCGCGGGCGGUGACUUUCCUGCAACCGCGAAAGAUCUUUCGUACGCUAAAGUCGACCUGGCAGCGAUCAUUUCCGGAAAAUCUGCAAAAGAUUCCCAUCUGGAAGGCUCUACUUUCCAAAGCUUUAAUCUCCAAAAGCUUCAGUCGCCUGGAGCUCGUUACCUCCUCUAUGGAUAAGCCUCCGUUUCACAAGAAGUGUACAAAAGUCAAGAUGGAGCCUUACCUUGACACAUGCUACAGCCCAAACAAUACUGCAAUGUGCGAUAUACCAUUUCAUGCGGCGACGGAUACGUUGAUCUACUGUCAGACUGGUGCAUACAAGGACACGACGCACAGUGUUAAAGCCAAUGUAUGUACGGCAGAUACAAAAUAUGAAAUGAAUUAUAUGGACAAACAAAGAUACAAGGCUAUAAGGAAGUGGAAGCGAAUCGAAAAAGGUAGAUCAUCCAACAAUACGGAAGAUUUUUUCAUAUUGAAACUUCUGUCCUUUAACAUCCUGGCCCAAAACCUGUUAGAAGAUCAUUCGUACCUAUACAUGGGUCACAACAAGAAAGCUCUGAAAUGGAAAACGCGAAAACUCCUCGUAAUAGAAGAGAUAUUCGAGGCGAAGGCAAAUGUAAUAUGCCUUCAGGAAAUGCAGGAGGAACAUCUGUUAGAUUUCGUGACUCCGUUCAAACAGCGCGGAUAUGAAUAUCUGUAUAAAAAGAGAACCAACGACAAAAAGGAUGGCUUGCUGUUGUUAUAUCGCUCCAAUGAAUUUGUUUUGCUAGAUUAUGCGAAGGUGGAGUUGUAUCAAUCUGGCGUCGAGCUUCUAAAUAGAGACAAUGUUGGAAUAAUCGCUAAACUGGCUCUCCAAGGCAAUCCAGAAACGCAAGUUGUUGUUGCUACUACUCACUUGUUAUAUAAUCCGAGACGCAACGACGUACGAUUGGCACAGAUACAGCUUUUGUUGGCGGAAAUAGAGCGAAUCGCGUUCAUUGAAAACACGACGACCGGCCCAAAGUACUUACCAAUCAUAUUAGCGGGCGAUUUCAAUUUGGAGCCGUUCACGGGCGUUUACAAGUUCCUAACGGAAGGUUCGUUUGAGUAUUAUGGCAAAGGACGGAGUUUGGAACCGUCUCAAUAUCGUUCUCUAUCCAACUCGUUGAUACCAUCGCGCUUAUGUGUCACCGACAAUUGUCAGCACUUUAAUAUCCUGACUCAAAGAUUGCGAAGAGAAGGCACUGGCAAAGUCAUGUUGGAAAAUAGCGAAUUUCAUCUUCAGAAACGAGACGAAAAUGCGCCUACGCCUUGUAAUAUAAACGUGCUGCAACAAAGUCCCAACAACGAUGCUGGCUGCACGCAGAUCAUUGAAAUUGUGCAGGGUCAUUCCGCGAGAUUUUCCUCCGGUACUUUAACGCAUCCCUUUAAUAUGCGUAGCGUUUAUACACACAAAGGUGCUCACGACGAGAAAGAAGCAACGACACAUCAGGACGAGUGGAUCACAGUGGAUUACAUAUUCUACAGCAAUAUCCAACCUUUAGAGAAAUACACUCUACCUACAGUAAGCCAAUGCGCCACAUUACCCAGAAUACCAAAUUUUAUUGUAGGUAGCGAUCAUUUAUGCCUAGGUGCCACCUUUCAGUUACCGAAAAAGAAAUCUCUACUUUAA